AUGAAGUUCGUCUUUUUCGAAUAUUUACUACGCCACGCUAAUAAGUACCACUUAUCCCAUGAGUACAUUUGUGAUGUGUGCGGCACCAGCUUCCAAGGGGAGAAUCAUUUAAAGAUGCACCAUAGAUACUACCAUAGGGAAGGAGGGUAUACCUGUGACUAUUGCGACGUCAGCUUAACAACUCUCUCUAAAAAGAUUAUUCACGAGAAAAACGUCCAUAUGGUAAAUUUGCUGAAAUGUCCUCAUUGCCCGGAAACGUUUAAAAGUCCUUAUUUUAAGAAGCUGCAUUUAGCCAACGUGCAUGGUGUAGAAGAGUUGAAGAUAAAGUGCCAAUAUUGUCCUAAAGUAUUUCCACAGGAGAGCAUCAUGUCCCGGCAUAUGAGGAGAGUUCAUUUAAGAGAAAGAAACGUGGAAUGUGAAGUUUGCGGCGAAAAGUUCUUCGGUCCCUACGACGUGAAGCUUCAUAUGCUGAAACACAGCGGGGAGAAGGCUUUCAUCUGCUCCGUGUGUGGAAAGAAAUUCUCUAAAAAAAGCAAUUUAAACUCACACUCUGCUAUGCAUACUGGCAAAAAAGCAUACACCUGCAAUAUAUGUAACAAAGCCUUUGCGUAUCACACCAAUCUUACCAUGCACAUGAAGAGCAUGCAUCAGAACAUCGAGCUCAAGGAAGAUCACAUCACAGAAGAGUUAAUCACAGAAGAUCAGAGCACGGAAGUUGUGGAAGUGUAUGCACAUACACAGGAGUUUAUACACGAUGACUUAGAAGGCGCUGAAGUAGUCGGGACGUAUGUCGUCCAAUAA